GUAUGGACAAAAACAUAGCUCAACUCCCACGCACUCUCACGCGCCUCUCUCUCUCUCUCUCUCUUCCCCACUCUCACGCAUAAACAGAGGAGGAGAGAGGCUAUAGAAAGAAAUAAAACGCUUUCUUUCUUACUUCACUAUCUGCCUGUUCUCUCUUCUCUCCCUCUCCCUUUAUUAUCUCCUUUUGCAAUUGGUUUUGCUCACCAGCUGAUGAGCAACAUGUUUCACCAGCCAAAUCUAGAGCUACCCAUCUCAUGGUUUUCUACCAUUUGAAGGAAAGCUUGUGCUUUUUUACCUUUUGCUUCGUUUAAGGAGGUCUGGGCGGUGAAAGGUUAAAUUUCUUUUCGGUUCGUUUGUUUUUCACCGCUAUAUUGAAUCUCUGCACAAAUCUAAGGGAACCCAUUUGGCCAGUGGCCGUGGAGAAGGCAGGAUUCGAAUAAAAGGUUCUUUUCACUUUACUUCUCUUGAUAAUGGAGGGAGAAACAUCGUGGUUUAGCCAUUCCUUUGAUAACAUGGCAAGGCGGACUACAGAGUAUGAUUCAUUCUCAGAGCUCAGUGACGAAGGAAAUAGAGAAGCUAAUGCAGUUUCAGUGGAUUUGAUACUUCCUGAUGACCUGUUGGAACGGAUAUUAGCAUAUCUACCAGUUGCAAGCAUUUUCAGAGCACGUAGUGUGUGCAAAAGGUGGUAUGAGAUUCUUAAUUCAAGAAGGUUUAUGUGGAACUUUUCGCACGUGCUAUCACAAAAGCCUUGGUAUUUUAUGUUUACCAGCUCUAAUGAUCCAACUGGUUAUGCAUAUGAUCCUAUCCUCAGGAAGUGGUAUGGCAUUGAGCUCCCCUGCAUUGAGACAUCCAAUUGGUUUAUUGCUUCAUCAUGCGGUUUGGUAUGCUUUAUGGACAACGACAGUAGAACAGAAUUAUAUGUCUGCAACCCUAUUACCAAAACAUGUAGGAAGCUUCAGGAGCCCCCUGGCUUGAAAUUUUCUGAUUACAGUGCACUUGCAGUUUCCGUUAACAGGAAGUCACAUGGUUAUACAAUCUCAAUUGUGAAAUCUAAGCAAGUUGCUGGAAAUUUUUUCGAAUGGGACUCCGUUCAUAUUUAUGAUUCCGAAACAAUGAUGUGGAUGACCUCUUUGACAGAGGUUCUGACAGGAUGGAGAGGUGGGGAUGAGAGUGUUAUCUGUGACGGGGUUUUGUACUUCUUGAUUUACUCAACUGGGGGCGGGUUACCAGACAAUCGUCAUGGCCUAAUCACAUAUAAUCUUUCAUCUCGUUCUCCUCAUGGGUUAUUGAUACGCAGUUUUAUUCAUGUACCUUCCCCUCUUACAUGUGGCCGUCUGAUGAACUUGAAGGAGAGGUUGGUUAUGGUGGGAGGGAUUGGUAAACAAGAUCGGCCUGACAUAAUUAAGGGGAUUGGUAUCUGGCUUCUAAAGGGGAAGGACUGGCAAGAGGUUGCGCGAAUGCCUCACAAAUUCUUCCAAGGGUUUGGGGAGUUUGAUGAUGUUUUUGCCAGCAGCGGCACAGAUGAUCUCAUAUACAUACAGAGCUACGGAGCUCCAACUCUUCUUGUAUUUGACAUGAACCUGAGGCAUUGGAGAUGGUCACAGAAGUGCCCUGUAACAAAGAGGUUCCCACUUCAGCUCUUUACUGGUUUUUGUUUCGAACCGAGGCUCGAAAUUUCUCCUUGAUUGUGUGGAUUGAUAGGAUGUUGUGGUGGUAUUAUACCAAUUUGUCCGAAAUUCCUGUGUUCCACCUUGUUUUCUUUCUUUUCCCUUUAGUUUUCAGUUACAACAUUUGUGUCCAAAAAUUUGUAUACAUAUAAUUUACCUGCAGAUAAAAAGCUGCUUAUUAAUGGUCAUGGCUAUAUUAUUCUUUCAAUUGGAAUUACCGCUGGUAAUACAA